AUGGCCGCCGCCCCCGUCACCAAGACGGCUGGUGGAAACGCCGCCUUCCACAACUUCCACAACGACUUUGCUCAUAUUCAAGAUCCCAAUGAGCGCCGAAGACUGGCCCUCGCCGAGAUUGACAAGGCCCCAUUUGGGUGGUACCAUGUCCGUGCCUGUGUGGUCGCCGGUAUUGGCUUCUUCACCGAUUCCUAUGAUAUCUUCGCCAUUAACUUGGUCACCGCCAUGAUGGGUGUGGUGUUCUUCAAUGACAGCAAAUCCCACGGGACCAUCCCUCCCAACUCGGAUACCGCUAUCAAAGUUGCCACAUCCGGUGGAACCGUCCUUGGCCAGCUCGGUUUUGGAUAUCUCGCCGAUGUUGUCGGCCGGAAGCGCAUGUACGGACUGGAGCUGAUCCUCAUUAUCUUUUCUACCCUCGCCCUAUCGCUCUCGGCCCCAUCGCCCGCCAUGUCUAUUGUCGGUAUCGUCUGCUUCUGGCGUGUGCUCAUGGGAAUUGGUAUUGGAGGCGACUAUCCUCUGUCAUCUAUUAUUACCUCCGAGUUCGCCACUACCAAAUGGAGAGGUGCCAUGAUGAACGCAGUCUUCGCUAUGCAGGGUAUUGGACAGUUCACCGCCGCACUUGUAGCUUUAAUUGUGACGGUGGGCUUCAAAGAGUCCCUAAUGACGGCCAAAGAUGCGAAGGCGUGUACAGGAACCUGCCAAUUGGCCGUAGACAAGAUGUGGCGAGUGAUUGUCGGAUUUGGUGCUGUCCCUGGCUGCAUCGCUCUCUAUUACCGACUCACGAUUCCCGAGACCCCCCGCUACACUUUUGACGUGGCGCGUGACGUUGAGCAAGCUGGCAACGAUGUCGAGGCAUAUAUCAAGGGCAAGUCUGAGGGCCACCCGGACGAGAUCCAGCGUGCCACCGCCAUGGUCCAAACUGCUGCGACCCUUGAGAUCCCCAAAGCCUCUAUGAAAGAUUUCCUCCACCACUACGGCCAAUGGAAAUACGGAAAGAUCCUCCUAGGCACAGCCGGCUCGUGGUUCUUCCUUGAUGUUGCUUACUAUGGUCUUGGUCUCAACAACUCUAUCAUUCUCGGUGCUAUUGGAUACACAGGCGGUGGCAACAUGUACGAUGUUUUCUACCGAACCGCAGUUGGAAAUUUGAUCCUCGUAUGCGCGGGUGCCAUUCCUGGUUACUGGGUUUCUGUGGCCACCAUCGAUACACUCGGCCGCAAACCGAUCCAAUUUUUGGGCUUUGCAAUGCUCACCAUCCUCUUCGUUGCCAUUGGAUUUGCCUUCCACAAAAUCUCCGACUCAGGUCUCCUCGGUCUCUAUAUUGUCGCCCAGUUCUUCUUCAACUUCGGCCCCAACUCCACGACCUUCAUCGUACCUGGUGAAUGCUUCCCCACCAGAUACCGCUCAACGUCUCACGGUUUCUCCGCCGCCUCAGGCAAGAUGGGCGCCAUCAUUGCUCAAGUCGUAUUCGGCCCUCUCCGAACCCGCGGUGCUAAGCCUGGAGCAAAGGGCAAGGAUGCCAACCCUUGGAUCGACCAUAUCAUGCAGAUUUUCGCUCUGUUCAUGUUGAUGGGCUUUUUGACCACGUUCUUGAUCCCUGAGACCAAGCGGAAGACUCUGGAAGAGUUGGCUGGUGAAGUACCAGGAACUCCAAACUACGACCCUACUAAUGGUGCCCACCACUCGGGGAAGAGCGCUGAAGAGGCUUCCAUCGAUAACAUCUCCCCUACUCCCAAACACGCUAGUGACGGUGCCGAGAUCCACGCCUAA